AUGCAGCUUAUCUUCUGCCGGCUAAGGACCCACCAGUGGUGCUUCAUUCUUUUUAAUGUUGUUCUUUUCCACAUUUUGUUCUUCGGAGCCGAUCUUGUGGAAGAAUACUUCUUGCGAGCACUCCCCACCACCUACACAGACAUGAAGGUCCUCGAAGCCAGGGAGAGAGCACGGAAGCUGGAUAUGACCCCCUUGAAGGCCAAUAUCUCCAAGUCUUAUGUAGCUAGCAGAUCAGAGGCCUGCUCCAACCAAGAGAUCUUCCUCCUUGUCCUAGUCUUUGGCAGCCCCGAAAACUUGUCAAGGCGCAACACCAUUAGAGAAACAUGGGCCAACCAGACACACAUCAGGGGUUAUGGUACUCUCGUUUUUUUUGUGUUAGGCAAGCCCUCUUCAGAAGGCACCCAGCUGGAGGUAGUCCAGGAGAUGGAGAAGCAUCAGGACCUCAUUCAAGGCUCCUUCCUGGACUCUGUAGAGAACCAGACACUGAAGACACUGAUGGCUGUGGAGUGGGCCAUAACAUUCUGCUCCAGGGCCCGGUUCAUUCUCAAAGCAGAUGAGAUGAUGUUCAUCAACCUCCCAAGUUUGGUCGAGUACUUGCUCAACUUAAGAACCCAUCCCGAAGACAUUUACCUUGGGAGGCUGGUUCAUCAAGAGAAACCCAACAGAGACCCUCAAAGUCAUGGCUUUGUCUCCCAACAAAAAUACCCAGAAAAUUAUUAUCCCGACUACUGCAGUGCGACUGCGUUUGUCAUCUCACAGGAUGUGGCUCGGAAGAUCUACGUAACCUCUGGAGAAGUUCCUCUUUCACUGCCUCCUGGGGCCUUUGUGGGACUCUGCAGCAAAGCAGCUGGUGUGGUGCCUGCUCACAGUUCUCGAUUUUCUGGGGAAAAGCACAUUCGCUACAACCGCUGCUGCUACAAGUUCAUUUUCACCUCCUCUACAGCAAGAGAUACCCAGCUGCUCCAAGAAUGGGAGGAGAUCAGCAACGGCAAGGACUGCACUGUACUAGAAACGUAUUAUGGGUUGGUAUCCUGCAAAAUCAUGACAUACCUGGAUGGAUUUAAACACCUGAGUGUUGAUGCCUUACAGAAUGAGGCACUCCAUUUUGCUGAUUAA